GUCUAAUCUGGGCCCAAAUGAUGGACGCUAACAAACAGACAGAUGAUAAAGAUAAAACCCCAGAUGUAAGCAUUAUUGUCAAAUUAGAACACCUGUCUCUAGAAGCUUUGCCAGGAAUGGUUCGCGCCUUGAGCAUUAUUCCAUAUGAAAGCCAAAAGCGUUUUUUAGUAAUGGUCAAAGACAUCGUACCAACAACAGUGCUAUCGAAUGUAGAGUAUGCUGUUGAAACUGUUAACAAAGUAGGUGGUCCUGUAGUAACUGUAGCUUUAGCAAGUAUACAACUGGCAUAUGAAGCUAUUGUUAACAUUAGAAGAUGGUGGAAAGGAGAGAUUUCAGGCAAGAGAUGUUGUAAAAAUAUUAUAGAUUCACUUGCUACAAUUGGUGGUAGCGUUGGUGGAGGAUUUGCUGGUGUAGCUGUGGGAGCACUUGGAGGUCCAGUUGGCAUGAUAAUCGGAGGUAUUGGUGGAGGAAUGUUGGGCGGACAAUUGGCCAAGGGUCUUUCGCAAUGGAUGACUGAAAAGAUAUUUGAUGUUCCAAAAUCUGAGGCGCUAGAAAAUGCUUAUAAUUUCUUUAAUUUGCGCAAUCAUGCUUCCAAUCAUCAGAUAAAUACAGCUUACAGACAGAAGUGUCUAGAAUACCAUCCUGAUAAAGGAGGUUCUGAGGAAAAGUUCCAUAAAGUACAGAUGGAAAUGGCGGUUAUUAAAGCUGCCAAAGGAGAAUUGUAUUCAUAAUAAUUAGUUUGUAUUUUUGUACUUAGAUUUAGAUUAUAUAACAUAUUUUGUACUAUACUAUUUUAUGUACACAUUAUAUUUGUACAGAAAUAAAAUUUAACGUUUG